UACUCCUGCUGCUGUAGACCCUCGUCUUUCAAAACCCAUUAAAUUAUGCUUCUGUGUAUUUCAGAUGACAUUGCGUGAUUCACAGCCAGUUGUGCUUGUUAAAAGCUAUUGUUUCUGUGUGGCUGGGUGUGGGAUAUGCAAUCAUUUGGUUGCAUUACUAUUUCAGAAUGCCCAUUACUCUGAAUGUGGCAUGUCUGUCGUCCCUCCUGUACUUUCGUGCACUGAAACAGAGCAGAAGUGGCAUAAACCACGAACAAUGGUUUGUAUCAUUUCAAUACCAGACAGUUGUGUCACAUGCAUACUAGCAUCUCUCCUAAUACCAUCUCAUAAAUAAAUAGGGAGUGAAGCCAGGACCUGUGGAUGCCAUGGUUGUAGUGAAGCCCAAACCAGAUGCUACUCCGGCAAGGGGAAUUAGAUCUACACUUUACAAGGGCUACAGCGGUGAGCUACCAGACCCAUCAACCCUCAACCCACUACCUGCCUAUGCUGACAUGGAACCAGACUCUCUUCCCCUUAUCUGCAGAAUGAACAUCACACCUGACAAACCACUCGUGGACUCCAUUUUUGGCAAGGUACAAAUUGGCAGUAUCCUGUCAUAUCAACACCCACCACCUCCACCUGACAGUGUUGUCAUCCAUGAGGAUGCACCACCGUUCCCAAAAGUGCCACUGGACGGUUACCAUUUACAACCAACAGACUGUUCAUACGAGAUCAUGACGGAUCAAGAAAAGCUUCACCUCAGUUCUCGGUCUGUGACUUUGUCACAGUCACACCUGAUUGAGGAAGCAACCAGAUGCCAAAGUGAAACACCCGAGUGGCAUUCACUGAGGAAGGAGAGAGUGACUGCUUCACAUUUCCGGGAGGUAAGCCAUGUUAGAGGUACAAGCACAGCAGAAAAACUGGCAGAAAGAAUUAUCAGAGGGACAAGACAAACACCACUAAUGAAAAGGGGGCUGGAAAUGGAAGCAGGUGCAUUGAAGGACUAUGCAGUUCUAAAAAAUCUUAAUCUGACAAAGUGUGGGCUAGUCAUGCAUCCGGACGCACCUUGGCUAGGUGAGUCGCCUGAUGGGCUGGUAUAUGACCCACUUGAGCGACCAUCAUUUGGUCUAGUUGAAAUGAAACGCCCAAAUGUAGCCAGCUACAUAGACUGCAAGUUCCUGAGAUUUGACCAUGGCCUACACAAAUUGAAGGAAAGCCAUUGUUAUUGUUGGCAAGUCCAGGGACAGUUACUCAUCACAGGCAUGAAACAGCUCCCUUCUUCAGACGUCUGCGCCCAGCUGGAGUCGGAGGCUCUAUCACAUCUUUACUUUGAAAGUGUCGGCUGCAGACUCGUGUGUUUGUUGUAAGAAAGUUGACUCGUCGAAUGUUAAUCACCCACCGUUUAUGUAAUUCACAGUCUUUGGGAAAAGUAAAAAAAACUAACAGAAGAAUUGCAUCUGGCAGACACUGUACAUUGCGGCACACAGCAGUGAUGGCUGGAAGAGCUGUCAUCCCGUUUUUGAAAGGACACUUUCGUACGUUUACACGUCAUCGUGUUAUAAGUCAAGACGAAGUAUUACAAGUAAAAACAUUAACAUUAAGAUAAACAACAACGACGAAAAUUAACCGUUUCGGAUGUUUUUCACGACAAGCAUUCAAUGCUAGCAUACGGUAGCACAGCAUUCUACGAUAACCGGAAGUUUACAUCCAUCCUGAGAUUUAACCGGAAAUUGGUCAUGCUCGACUGUGCAUAUCGCCUAUUCAUGAAAUGGAAGAAACCCAUAGCGUCAGGCACACCUAUUUGGAACAACCCAACAUUAUCUCCAGCAUUUAAAGACAAUAAAUACCUUUAAGUCCUCUUUCCAAAAUGGCAUCAUGAAUUUUGAGCAUAUAUAUUAUAACGGCUCUCUUCUGUCAUUAAAUAAAUUACAAGAAAAAUGUGGGUUAUCCAAGAGCAAUUUCUUUAAAUUCUUACAACUAAGAAAUCUUAGUCAAUUGCUUUAUUAGA